CCGCAUACGACCCCACACUCCAUCCAGCACCGCCACUGCAUCUAGAGCCUAGAGACGUCGUAGCAUAGUCACCCGUAGAACGGAGCUCGAGCUAGCGCGUGAUCCCUCCACCAAAGCUCGCUGUCGGGAUUCGUCUAGCUUGGUCUAGGCCGAAACCCCUCGCACCCUCAUUUGUCCCUGUCUUUACAUUGCCCCCGCACACAAGGUCCAUCCGCACAUCGAGCAAACCACCGAAUCAAGCAUUCCCCCAUCCUCCACCAGCCCUUCGACUGUAUGUCGUGAUAUAUAGACACUCCCUCUGACUGGAUCACCCAUAACACAUGGCCUCGAACAUCGUACUGCCGCUCCCAAGAAUUUGCGGGCUGGAAGCUGCAACGUGCUCUCCUUCGCUGCUUCCGCUCUCUUUGCUCCCCUGGACCUCAUCCAUACCCCCGCAUGCGCAUCCAUCUCCAACAUAUCAGCACAGGCCACAGCAUCAGCAGCAGCAGCAUCAACUUCAUCCGAAAUCCAAAGCUCAAGAGCUGCGAGGCGAUGUGCUUGCACGGCCCAGAACCGCGGUCAGGCGCGGGGUUCACGCUCGCAGUAGCGCCUUCAACGCUACACGGCGGCCUCGCAGCAAUCGUCCCGAAGCUACCCCGCCUUCUUCCCACCAUCACAACGCCGCCUCCUUCUCCACCUCAAUCUCCAAACCUGCUCCCUCGAACUUCGACUCACCACCCGUCACUUUUGCUACGCCUUGCCAAGCUACCUAUGAUCUUCUCAAGAACUGGCAUCGCUCAAUCAGCUCUUCCGCUUCGAGGCAAGAGCAACAGAGCCAUGCGAUCCCGGCGAAUCCAUCGAAGCUCCCGCCAGAGGAGAUGAACCGACCACUCCAAGCGGACUUAAGAGCUCACAAUGAGAAGGCGACAGCCUCGUCUGACUCCUCGACGACCACACCACCUCUUGAUCAGGUCUCGUCGUACUUGGACUCGCCUACCAACGACAUCAAUGCGCUGAUGCGCCAUCCGGCUCUUUUCGAGAACAUCAGAGCCCCUCGCAAUCCAAUUGUCCUCUGUCAUGGUCUUUAUGGGUUCGAUGUUCGAGGUCCCUUCCUAGGGCUCGAGAUCCACUACUGGGCCGCCGCUUUGGAUAUUCUGCGGAACAAGAUCGGGGCAGAGGUCAUUGUCCGCGGCGUGCCUGGUACAGGCUCGAUUCCCUCUAGGGCAAAGGCUCUGCACGAUUAUCUCUGCUCCGACGAAGCAGAUGUGAAAGGCGCCAAGCUCAAUUUCGUCGGCCAUUCCAUGGGCGGACUGGACGCACGCUAUCUAGUCAGUCACAUCAAGCCAAAGCCAGAGGAAUAUGUGCCGGUCUCGGUCACUACCAUCUCGACUCCUCAUCGAGGAUCGCCCUUUAUGGACUGGUGCAACGCCAACGUGGGCAUCGGCAAUGAGUACGUAGAGGAGGCGAUUCGAGAAUAUGAGGAGAAGCAGGGCAAUAUGGAGGGUGGGGUCAAGAUGCGAGACGGUCCGAAGGGAGAUCCGCCGGGCCAUGAGAAGCAUCCAUACAGCCUCAAGACUCCACUCUUCGUCAGACCAAAAAAGAAUGGCAAUGGGGACAAGGAUCAAGCCAAAGACGCGGAGGUCAGCAAGAAGGCAGUCGAAGAGAUGAAGCAAGCGAAGAAGGAGGAGGCUUCGAAGAGGUCAUCGUCACCGGUUUCGGAGGAAGAUGGUGUCAAGGAGCAGAUCAUCGAUGCUGCUGAGACCGUGAUCGACAAGCUGACCCCAGACAACACAAAGGUUGAUCUAUCUUCCUCCUCUACUCUCAAGUCCCUUAAGUCGCUCGGGUUCGUUUCCCCUCUGACAAGAGCGCUCUCCUCCUUCGGGGGAUUCUUUUCGUCUUAUAUGCUAUCUGUCUUUGAUCAGCCGGCUUAUGCAAUGCUCUCCACACGCUAUAUGGCCAAGGUCUUCAAUCCCUCGACGCCAGACUCUCCAGAUGUCUCAUACUUCUCCAUCGCAGCACGCAUUCCGAAGAUGCCGCUGUGGCAUCCCUUGUGGCUGCCAAAGGUCAUUCUCAAUGCAGCAGCUGAGAGUCGGACGGCAGGAGCAGAGAGGGACGGUUCGGCGGCUGCGCUAGGCAAGCCAGACGAGCAAGGCAAUGAUGGGCUGGUGUCGGUUCCCUCUGCGAAGUGGGGUCAGUUCCUAGGGGUCGUAGAGGAAAAGGAUCACUGGGACCUCAGAGGCUCUGGCGCUCCACGAUGGGGCUCGAGUGGCAAGAUCAAUCCAGCUACGGGCAAGCCAUUCAAGAAUGCAGCGGCUGCGAGCAAGCAGGCCACUUUUGAGAAGGAGGCUGCAGAGCGGCAAGCGCCGAAGACUCCUAGUAAAGAAAAGAGUGAUGACGGCUGGUUGAUGAUCAACCGGAUGCUGGGAAGCUUGCUUGGAUCGAGAUCAUCUGGCAAGAAUGGCAAGCAGCCUGCGGAAGAUGUCAAGGUGAAAGACCCCGCCGCUGUCAAGACGAGCGAUUCCAAGGAUGCCUCGGUGCUGAUUGCCGAUGCUACGGAGAGCGCCAAGGCGUUCCUGGACAAUUAUGCUACGCUGUCCGGUCCAGAUGGGGCUGCUUCUACCUCACCGUCACCAGCAUCGUCAGACAAGUUGGCUACCAACGGCGGCAAUGAGUCUGGACUGGCCAACGAAGUGGCUUCUUGGAUCUCUGAUCGCCUUCCUCAAGGUUCGGAGGAGCGUCGCAAGUUAGCAGACGAGGCUGCACGCCUGCAGCAAUCUGGUAUUAGCGGUCACGGUCAGCUCGAUGGUAGCGUUCCUGACUCGGACAUGGUGACCUUGGCUUCUCAGCCGACUCAAGACGCUAUAUCGUCCGCUUCGUCAUCAUCAUCUGCUGACGGACAGGCAGCUGUCGAGACUCUACCCAACUCCACUAGCGGCUGGAACGCGACAGCAUCGUUGGCUGCAGUGACGACGGAACAGAGGCAAAUGCUCAAGCUACGUCGCGAGGCUGACUGGCUGGAGUCUACCGGUCAGAUGGACAAUGCGCGCGAACUGCGCAGGGAGAUCGAAUGGCACCGAGAUGAGUACAAUGCCCGGUGUCGCAGUGCUGGUGGUGAGCAAAAGCGCAAGGGAGUGGACAUUGGACCAGGGCCAGACUCUGCGCUGAUGCAGAACAAGAAGCGGCGGGAGAUGGAGGCGGCAGAGGGAUCUGCUGGAAAGGGCCAAGGCUCGAUUCAGACGGAAGAAGAGAAGAGGAAGAAGAAGGAACGUAGUGAACAGGAGGAGCUGGAGCGGUUUUGGAUUGCGCUGUGCCAGCAUCUGCACGCUCAUGGAUACUAGAUGGAAGCAAGGGAGGCGUCAUCGUCACUGAGUAUGCAACACACAAUGUCACCUACCACCCUCUUUGUUAGUCUGCGAGUGCCUUUGAAUAUUGCUCGAUGCGCGCAUCAGGUGUCUACGCUCCGUGCUGACGGU